AUGGAAGCUAGAUUGGGUGCUGAGGGUUAUAAUUUUUAUGGUGUUGGUGGUUCCUCUGAUUUGGUUAGUAUGGGGAAGAGGGCUAGAGAAUGGAAUUUGAAUGAUUGGAGAUGGGAUGGUGAUUUGUUCAUAGCUAGCCGUGUGAAUCCGGUCCCAGCGGACAGUUUGAGAGUGGGGCAGCAAUUUUUUCCUCUUGGGUCCGGGAUCUCGGUGGCCGGGGGUUCUUCCAAAACCUCUUCUUCAUGCUCUGAGGAAGGAGAUCUUGAGAAUCCCAAAAGGAGCAAGGAAGGGGAGAGGAAAAGGAGGGUUAUUGUUCUGGAAGAUGAUGGUUUGAAUGAGGAGGCUGGUGCCCUUAGCUUAAAUCUUGCAGGACGUGCUUCACCGGUAGUGGAAAGGGAGAUUGUAAGCUGGGAUGGUAUGAAUGGAAAGAAAAGCAAAGUAGCUGGAGGUACUUCGAAUCGAGCUGUUUGUCAGGUUAAAGAUUGUGGUGCAGAUCUGAGUAGAGGUAAGGAUUAUCACAGACGUCAUAAAGUUUGUGAGAUGCAUUCUAAGGCUAGUAGAGCACUUGUGGGGAAUGCAAUGCAGAGGUUUUGUCAACAGUGUAGUAGGUUUCACAUGCUUCAAGAGUUCGAUGAAGGAAAGAGAAGCUGUCGAAGACGCUUGGCUGGCCAUAAUAAACGGAGAAGGAAAACAAAUAAUGAAGUUGUUCCUCAUGGAAGUCCAACAAAUGAUGAUCAGACCAGUAGUUAUCUCUUGAUAAGUUUAUUGAAGAUACUUUCAAAUAUGCAUUCUGACAGGUCAGAUCAGCCUACAGAUCACGAUCUUCUAACUCAUCUUCUCAGGAGUCUUGCUAGUCAAAAUGAUGAGCAAGGGAGCAAGAACUUGUCAAACCUUUUGCAGGAACAAGAGAUUUUGUUGAGAGAAGGGGAUUCUUCUAGGAAGUCAGAGAUGGUGUCAGCUUUAUUCUCCAAUGGUUCUCAAGGCUCUCCAACUGUUAUAGAACAACACCAAACUGUAUCUAUGAAUAAAAUGCAACAAGAAAUUAUGCAUACUCAUGAUGUUAGGACUGUUGAUCAUCAGCUCGUAUCUUCAAUAAAACCCAGCAUUUCAAACAGUCCCCCAAUUUACUCAGAAGUCAGAGAUAUUAGUGCCCAAAUAAAGAUGAAUACUUUUGAUUUGAAUGACAUAUAUAUUGACUCAGAUGAUGGCAUGGAAGAUCUAGAAAUAUUACCAGUCUCUACAAAUAUUGGCACUAGCUCUGUUGAUUACCCAUGGACACAACAAGAUUCUCAUCAGUCAAGUCCACCUCAAACAAGUGGAAAUUCAGAUUCUGCAUCUGCCCAGUCCCCUACUAGUUCUAGUGGAGAAGCUCAGAGUCGUACAGAUCGGAUUGUUUUUAAACUCUUCGGCAAAGAGCCAAAUGAAUUUCCUCUUGUACUUAGAGCACAGAUUCUUGAUUGGUUAUCCCACAGUCCUACCGAUAUUGAGAGCUACAUACGACCUGGUUGUAUUGUUUUGACUAUUUAUCUGCGUCAGGCUGAGGCUGUGUGGGACGAUCUGUGCUGUGAUCUGACUUCCAGUUUAAGUAAGCUGCUGGAUGUCUCAGAUAAUACAUUUUGGAGAACUGGAUGGGUUCAUUUCAGGGUGCAGCAUCAAAUGGCAUUCAUUUUCAAUGGUCAAGUUGUAAUAGAUACAUCACUACCUUUCAGAAGCAACAGUUAUAGUAAGAUUUGGACUGUUAGUCCAAUUGCUGUACCAGCAUCAAAGAGAGCUCAAUUUUCUGUUAAAGGUGUCAACCUAAUGCGCCCUGCCACAAGGUUAAUGUGUGCUUUAGAAGGAAACUAUCUGGUGUGUGAAGAUGCUCAUGAGUCAACAGAUCAAUACUCCAAGGAGCUUGAUGAACUUCAGUGUAUUCAAUUUUCAUGUUCGGUCCCUUUGACGAAUGGAAGAGGAUUUAUCGAGAUUGAGGACCAGGGUUUGAGUAGCAGCUUCUUUCCUUUCAUAGUGGCAGAGGAUGAUGUUUGCUCAGAGAUUCGUGUGCUUGAGCCUUUACUAGAACUAAGUGCAACUGAUCCAGAUAUUGACGGGACUGGAAAAAUUAAAGCCAAAAGUCAAGCUAUGGAUUUCAUUCAUGAAAUGGGCUGGCUUCUUCACAGAAGUCAAUUGAAAUAUAGGGUGGUUCACUUGAACUCUGAUUUAGAUCUCUUUCCAUUAGAACGGUUCAUGUGGCUUAUGGAGUUUUCCAUGGACCAUGAUUGGUGUGCAGUGGUGAAAAAACUGUUGAACAUACUGCUUGAUAAAACUGUGAACAAAGGAAAUCACCCUACCCUGUAUCAAGCACUUACAGAAAUGGGCCUCCUUCACAAAGCCGUAAGGAAAAAUAGCAAGCAGUUAGUGGAGUUGCUUUUGAGAUAUGUUCCUAAAAAUACAUCCGAAGAACUAAGACCCGAAGUCAAGGCACUAGGUGAUGGAGUUAGUCUUAGCUUCUUGUUUAGACCUGAUGCUGUUGGUCCUGCUGGUUUGACACCACUCCAUAUAGCGGCGGGAAAAGAUGGUUCUGAGGAUGUACUGGAUGCUCUUACUAAUGAUCCUAGCAUGGUGGGAAUCGAAGCAUGGAAGAAUGCCCGUGACAGCACAGGCUCCACACCUGAGGAUUAUGCACGAUUACGUGGCCAUUAUACUUACAUUCACUUGGUGCAGAAAAAAAUUAACAAGAGACAAGGAGCAGCUCACGUGGUAGUUGAGAUUCCCAGCAGUCAGACAGAGUGCAAUACAAACCAGAAACAGAAACAAAUCGAGUCUCUCACUGGAUUUGAGAUUGGAAAAGCUGAAGUAAAACGUGGCCAAGGGCACUGUAAACUUUGUGUUACUAAAAUUUCUUGUAGAACUGCAGUAGGGAGGUCUAUGGUAUACAGACCUGCAAUGCUCUCUAUGGUGGCCAUAGCAGCAGUCUGUGUUUGUGUGGCUCUUCUGUUCAAAAGCUCACCUGAAGUUCUAUACAUGUUCCGUCCCUUCAGAUGGGAAUCAUUGGAUUUUGGGACAAGUUAA